AAAAAAAAAGUGAAUUAAACCAAGAAAGUAGUUAAUAAUGUUACGAACGUAUAAAGUGUUCAAAAUAAAUAUUAAAAAAUAGUAUAAGACAGAGUAUAAUACUAGAACACACGUUCUAAAGAAGUAAUACCAUUCUCCAAUAGAUGGCGCCAACUUCAAUUUAACGCGAAAAUGGCGGAGUGCGUCGUUUUGUAUAAUGUACUUUUAUUAGUAUGUUAAUAUGUACAUUUGUUUUAAUUUUAAGUAUUUUAAUAUAUACAAUCCGCGAGUUAGAGUUUGGGAUUAAGAUUUGGUUAAAUUUAAUUCUCUUGUGGUGUUCGGAUUCUGGCGAUCUAAACGUAGUCUCUUUACUAUCGUUCUAAAUAGGUUUGUUUGUAUAUUUGUCGUAGAUUUAUUUAUUAAAUGCGGUAACCGUCAAGACGUUUAUCGUUUUAGCGUCACAAUGUCCGACAAAAGCGUUCAUCAGUGUGUGCUGUGCGACACGAAGCUGGAGACUAAGGAAUUACUGCAGGAUCAUUUUCGGAAACACGCAAAUAAAGAGAUAGACAGCAAAGGCAGGCCGGUGACUGACAAGGACUUCAUGAUGCAGCGUUCGACGGCCCGCAGCAAGGCGCUGGCCCCCACGUCGGGCAGGCCCUCGGAUGUAAUCUGCGACGUGUGCGGCCAGGAGUUCCGCUCGGUGACGUGUGCCAUCCAGCACAAGUUCCGCCAGCACCCGGGCCACGUGGCCAAACACUUCUGCCCGCACUGCGGCAUGCAGUUCCCCCUCAAGGACAACUGCGACCGGCACGUGGCCACCCACGGGGAGAAGGGCAAUCCCGCGAAGGUCUACUCCUGCCCGGAUUGUGGGGUCUCGUUCUUCAACGCCCCCGCGCUCGACUACCACUUCAAGUCCACGCACAAGAGGGUGACAGCGCUGUACCAGCCGAUCGCCACGCCUCCCCCCAGCAAGAAGAUCAGGAUGAACAAUGCCGGGGAUGCGCAGUCCGUGUACUACUGCCACCUGUGCGGCUACGAGUACAUAGUCAAGUUCAACCUGCAGAAGCACUUGGAGCGCCAGCACACCCAGGAGGAACGAGACUCUGUGCCCAUGGACAUGAUAAAAUGCAUCACAUGUGAUGCCUUGUUCUACAACAAGAAGGGGUAUGACAACCACAACAUGUACCACAAACCCGAGGACUUGUAUGUUACCAGCGAGGAGCAGCGACUUCAAACUGUAACACGAGUGGAUCAGGAUUUUGACAUCAGGCGUGUGCAGACAACUGUGGACAAAUUUGUGCCGCUGAAUCGUGUUCGUACGCGGCCCCCGCCACCUAAAAAGACUCACAAGAUCAUUAAGAAGGAAGACUCGGAUGCAGAGAUGUCGCCUGCAACAUCACCAUCUUCAUCAUCGAGCGACACGGACAGCGACACGCCUCUCAGCCACCGCCUGGAGAAACGGAAACAGAAGGAGCUGGCUUCAUCGUGACUUUUAACCGUGUGUUGUGGAGCAUCCUUCCACUUUUUGUCAAGUUCAUCUUUUGUCUGUAAAUGCUGAGGGAGUGUAUGCAGUAGUCACCUGACCAGGAAUAUCGGGAAAUGACUACUUUUUGCUGUCAAAAAGCUUAGAACCCUUGACUUUUUUAAAGCCACUGGAGAAUUACGUGUUUGCCUUGUAAUGUGGCCGAGCAAGUUGGAUUCAGAUCAGUUCAACAACUGCGUGCCCCGCCUAGAAACUGAAUCACUUAUGCCAAUUUUUACCGUUGUUGUCGAUUCCCUCACUUUGUGCACCUCUGGAAUUGAGAGAUGGAAUUUCUGAUGAAACACACUUGCACACUUUGGGGUUUUCUUUUCUUUUGUGCUUUUUACUGACAGUCUUCAGCCACAGUAGGUGACUGCAGUCACAACACAAGUUCAUAUAUACAAUGAUAAAAUAUUGAAGUACAGUACACUCCCGAUUAUCUGCAAAAUUAAGUGGCUGGGCCACCGCGGAUAGUGAAAAUCGCGAAUGAUUUGCAAAAGAGCCGAAAAUGGGAAAUAAAAAAGAAAAAAUUAAUUUCAAAGCAACCAUACAACUAGAAACAAAGUGCGACAGAGACAAAAUAGCAACGCAUGCCAGCCUACUGCGUGAGUUCCGAGAAGGCCUGUGGCGUUUUACUGUAUACUGCACAUAAUACACUCAUCAGUAGAGUUCAAAUUUGCUCACUUGUAAUAAAAUUAAGAUUUACAUAUGUGCCGUAUUUUUUCGUAGCAUGCGCGGAUCAUCCGCCCACGGAUAAUAGGGAGUUCACUGUAACUCAUUUGAUGCAAAACUCUAAUAAAAUACGAUAUUCCCAGAAUAUAAUACGCUGUUAAAGGGUGAUGGAAUUAUUUUUCACCACUUUUUUUAUUACUAAAAUUUAUGCUACAUUCCUAGAGAUUUGCAUCUUUUAGAGAGUAAGCCAUUACAGACACUCUGUUCAUAGGUAUCCCAUUUCAACCAUAGACAUGGAUUCUAGAACCACAAUCAAUGCUGAAGAAAAUUUUUUUUAUAAUUAUUUUAGAGAACAUUAAUCCCUGCCAUUUUUCUAAAUGUUUAGAAGGCAACGGCUCUCAAACUUAUUUUUAAAACAUCUGUAUUUAAGAUAGUAUCUGAACCAGUGACCACAGAAUUAUAAGUCAAGGACACUGAUGUACAUACCAUGAGUACCGGCUUUAGUGAAAAGUGUGACAUCUGUGAACUAGAGUAAGUGAAAAAUGUAAUGUGAGUUAUGUGCUUUGCUAUGAACCUAUAUCUAUGUUAAUAAAUAAUUAUUAAUGUUUUCAUUUUUGAGGCACCAAGUAAAUGCUACUACAUUUGUGUUCAGGAUUAGUACAAGUAUAUAAUGUAUUUGAAUUCAACAUUUGAUAGACUUAGUUUGAUUAGUUUUAAAGAUUGAAUGAGAUUAUUUUCAAAAACCCUGAAAGACUCCUGGAAAUUUAAUAUUGCCAGAGAGGAGAGUAGCCACCCUGAGUUAGGUGUUCCUAAAAUAUUUUGUGUGUGAGACAUAGGAACACUAAAACAAAUUUAAUUAAAUUAUUUAUGUAUAUAACUAUUUUCCCUGUAUCUAUAUGGUGUGGAUGUUGCUUUUACAAUGGAUGUAUGUUCUAAAACUCUUAAUUUUAAAAUUUAGUUUUACUCAGUUCUCUGGUGCCUAAAAUGUGAUUAUCAGCCAUGUGAAGAGUUGAGCCACACAUUAUGUUCUUCUUGCAAACAAGUGUGGUUGCAUACUGUUAUUUUUUUCUACACUUUGUUCCUCUUUACAUUUGAGUACCUGUAGUGGACGUGAAGAGAUACUAAUCAAUGUCUUUAGAAUGGCAUUUAAGCUCCAGACGUAAUUUUUGCACUUUUUAAACACCAACAACCUUUUCACAAAUUAAAAAUAAUAUAACAAAGCACUGUGCCCUGGAAACCCAGGGUAAAAUCUUUCACACUGCUGUAUUUAGUUGUUUACACAUUUGCGAAGCUAUGGAGACUUGUGUCUAGUAAUCAGUUUUCUGUAUGAGUAGCACUUGGUUCUAUUUAUUACAACUAAAUAUCUUUUACAAGUUGGCACAAAUCAGUUUAUCCUUAAAGUCACACUUGCAUUGGCUCAAAAAUCAAUUUUGGUUCAGUGAUGAUGAUAUUAUUAUUAUGAUUAUUAUUAUUAUUUAUUACACAAUUUUGCUGUUUUGAGAUGCAGAAAUGCUGAGCUGUAUGUUAUAAUAUUGAACUAGCUUGUAAAUAUUUAAAAUGUUGCAAUAUUCCUCUUGAAUUUUUAUUUUAUUUUAUUGCAUUAUGCACACACAUCAAUUCAUUUGAAAGGAAAUUCAUUGAUCUGUUUAAUUGUUUUGUUACCGUGCUUUGAUUCAGUAAUUAAUAUGUAUUUUCCAUGAUUGACUUGUAGUAACGCAGUUUUAAACUUGUGAUGGAAUUUUUAUAGUAUUGGAAAAUAAAUGAGCCUACAGACA